GGGCCGGCGCAGCGCUCAGGGGGCGGCGAUGGAUCCCGCAGCCCGCCCGGGCGGCGGCGGCGCCCCGGGGCAGUCCCGCGAGUACAAACUGGUGAUGCUGGGCGCGGGAGGCGUCGGCAAGAGCGCCAUGACCAUGCAGUUCAUCAGUCACCGCUUCCCUGAGGAUCACGAUCCCACCAUCGAGGAUGCCUAUAAAAUCCGGAUCCGCAUCGAUGACGAGCCUGCCAACCUGGAUAUUCUGGACACAGCAGGGCAGGCAGAGUUCACAGCCAUGAGGGACCAGUACAUGAGGGCAGGGGAAGGUUUCAUCAUCUGCUACUCCAUCACGGACCGGCGCAGCUUCCACGAGGUGCGCGAGUUCAAGCAGCUCAUCUACCGCGUGCGCCGCACCGACGACACGCCCGUGGUGCUGGUGGGCAACAAGUCUGACCUGACCCAGCUGCGCCAGGUGUCCAAGGAGGAAGGCUCUGCCCUGGCCAGGGAAUUCAGCUGCCCCUUCUUUGAGACCUCGGCCGCCUUCCGCUACUACAUCGACGACGUGUUCCACGCGCUGGUGCGCGAGAUCCGCCGCAAGGAGAAGGAGGCCGCCGUGGCCAUGGAGAGGAAAUCCAAGCCCAAAAGCAGCGUCUGGAAAAGACUCAAGUCCCCCUUCAGGAGGAAGAAGGAUUCAGUCACUUGAACAGCACGUUGCUGUGCAGAGCAGGACAAAAGCUGUGACCUUUUGUAGCCGGAGGAGCUCGGUGGUGGCGGCGACGCUGAGGGGACGUGUGGCACCUGAGGGGAUUUGUGAGGGAGGGAGCGCCUCGCCCUGCCAGUUGUUUUUGUUUAGAACCAUGUUGCCUUGAUUCUGGGGGUUGAACUUCACACCCAGCGCCAGUUGUACUUUGUUUGUUGUCGUUUUAUUUUCCUGGACCCAGCAGGGUCACCAAAGCCCGUGGGUUGGUGGCCUUGCACUUUGGAGUGUUUGUCCUUGGUCACAGCAGAGGAGCUGAGAAACAUUGCUGGAGUUGGACCCAGCCUCGCUGAACCUGGGGUUUUUCCUGGUGGAAAAGAGGAUUUUGCUGCUCCCCACAGUGUGAGAGGCUGGGCAAAGUGUCGUGGCCUUGGAGGCCACCAAAUUUCUUGUGCCCCUCAUGGAGGAGAUUUCUUUCCAGCAAAAUGGACGUGGAGUCUUUGUGUGAUCAGUGCUGCAGGUGGGAUGCCAACAAAGCAGAACAAUCCCAGAAUCAUUUCAGCUGGAAAGAUCUGUGGGAUCAGUGACCCAGCCCCACCCUGUCACCACAUCCAGGCCUUCAAACACCUCCAGGUGGGUUGGUGGCCCUGCACUUUGGAGUGUUUGUUGUCCUUGGUCACAGCAGAGGAGCUGAACUGUGCAAAACAUUGCUGGAGUUGGACCCAGCCUCGCUGAAUCUGGGGUU